AUGGCUAGCACUUCGAUAGAGGGCGGGACAGAGUCUCCUCUCCUCGCUAUUGACGUCCCUGGCUCUCCCGAUCAGGCUUUCGCGACGCCCCUCUCGUCUCCCGCUGCUUACUCGGCCCCUGUUCCUACGGACGAUACACCUUCGGAUGAGCAAGCACAGCAUUUAUCGCCUACUAAAGAAUCUACUACAACCGAUCUGACUACCCUCACUCCCCUUCGAACACAUUACCUGAAAAAGCAGCUCGUCACUUUGCAAUUUGAGCGUGAAGUCGACGCUCUCAUUGCCGCACCCACAAACAAUGUGUCUCCGUUCUCUUACCUUGGAUCGCCAUUUAACCCGCCACCAAAGGAUGCUCCAAACAUAGAGCUCCCUUUCCUGCGCUACUGUUUCCGUCGCUUCGUGCUUUCCUUUCCCUUUCUGGCCGCAGCACCCCGAGACUUUUUUCCUGACAAGCUACAGCCCUUCCUCUCCUCGCUCAUUUCCCGAAACCUUACAUCGACAUCUGUCCUCGAUGAUGAAGAGGAAGAUGCAGAGGAGGCUGCGCGCAAUAAGCUUGUGGCAAAGUUCGAGCGGAAUGCGGCGAUGCUGAUGACAAGCGGUACACGGCUCGUCGAGGAGGAGGAAGUGGUCCGGCUAUCCCAGGCAGACCUCGACAAGUUAGAAACGCUUGCAAAAAAGCGGGCUUCCCGAGAGCGGGGCGGAAGAAAUAUGUUUGAAGUCAACAUUGUCUGCGUGCGAACGGUACAACAGAAGGGGCGAAUGCGUAGUCGGGUACACGAAGAAUUCAUCAUCCGCACCCGACGAUCACACCAGAAGGAUGUCUUUGUGUCGCGGCGGUACGGUGAUUUCAAGACGCUUGCGGCGGAGUUGCGGAAGAUGCACCCGGAAGAGUCAAUACCCUCACCGCCGGCGAAGGAUCGUUCCACUGUAAAUCUGAGCACGUCUCCUCCUCAUUCUCAGCCUACGAGCCCCAUGCCGGGCAUAUACGUCGCAGGGAGGAAUGAAAGCGGAGACUCGUUCUCAUCACUGGGCACGAUGAGUCCGACUUCGCCGAAUAUGUCAUUCGGCUCUACGAACGGUCAGACAUACACGAGUGGCGCGUCUCGGCUUGCCCGAGAAAAGAACAGGCUUACGUUACGCGCAUACUUACACACGCUUCUCACAUUGCCCACGCUUGCUUCAUCUCCUGUUUUGCGCUCCUUCCUCCUGUCCGCACCAACGACACUUAAACCAGAAGAGCUUGAAGAUACCAAGAGGCGAGAGGAGGCGGAUAAAGUAAGGGAUGAUGGACGCAAGCGGUUCGCUAAGGAAAUUGCUGCGCGGGUGGAUGGUUUGCGUAAUGCUGCCCGAAGCGUCAAGGGCGAGCUAUUUGCUAAAGAUGGGCUUACGCAUAUAUUCGCCACCAUCAAAGUGACAGAAGACAUCCGCAAACUUCCUCCGAACUACCAAGCUGUUGUUGAGUGGGCGCGCAUUUCCCUCGCAUCCACUGUGUUCCACCAGUUCGUUGCCGCGGACAGUGCAUCCGAGAGUUUCGCUGGGUUAAAGCGCAUACAUGGGCUUAUGCCCUACUUCAUGCUCAAAACUAUACUCAAAAUCAGCAAUCCCAUGGCUAUGAUCCGUGGCGUUCUGGAUCUAUUCCUCGCAACGCCUUUUGGAGGGCGCAGUCUGUUACAAAGAAUGUUCACAGGAUCACUUGUCGAAGAAGUCAAAGCAAUUGAGGAAGACGUCGACCAUGUGAAGGAGAAGAUCGACGAUCCUAUAAUAUGCGAGAAGAUCCGUCAAUUUGUUUACGCACCCCGUGAGAUACAAUCAGUAUACAAAGCGGAUGCUGCUGCAGAGAACUUGCAUAUAUUCGCGAUCGUCCUGCGCUCAGGCGAGGCGCCCGUGCUUUCUCGUGCUCAGAUUCAGCGUGUCAUGUACGCGCACCGGGCACACAAAGAGUAUCUCCGAUACCUAGAGUCUCUUCAAGACUCGGAUGACGACUCAGGUCCUCAGAGCGAGGAAGCGUGGCUGUUCGAAGAUCUCGACGUACUGGCGAAGUUGUACUCGCGCUUGAGAGAUAGGGAACAGCUGAUCGAGCUGAUUUUUGAGGGCACCACCGCAGAUUUAUUGAAAGAUAUUAUUACCAUAUUUUAUGCACCGCUGGCUCAGGUAUAUCGAGCGGCCAGUAUAGCGGACUCCUUGGGCGAUCUCCAGAAUUUCAUAAAUGAUUUAAUCCGCACCGUGGAAGCGUCAGAAGAUCUGAGCCAGCAGGAUCCCGCGAAGACUGUACAGAUCUUCAUUGAUCUCAUCAAACGACACGAGCAGUCGUUCUAUAAUUUCGUUCACAAGGUGCACUCAAAGGGCGAAGGCCUUUUCACCAACCUUAUGCGAUGGAUUGAACUCUUCCUCACUCUCAUGCGCGAUGGCGUUGGCGAUCGCAUUAGCAUGGAGUUUAUCCUGCCUCAUACUGGGAAAGAGCGGGAGGAGAUCCUGAAAGAAGUGGAUGCGAUCGCUUUAUACCACUACAAGCUCAAAGUGGCGUAUGAGGACAAAGUUCGCAGGCGAUUUGGAAGAACACAGGGCAUGAGUGAUGCCGACGCAGAAGACGAGAUCGCGGCCGAUAUGGUGAAUGGGAUUGUCAAGGAUCUGAGUUUCGGCGAGCUGAUUCAAGGCGGUGCGGACGACCUCGCCGCUGAGGAGACCGACUCGGACGAUGAUAGCGACUCAACCGGGGAAUAUUCCGACAGUGAGUCUGACGACACUGCGAGUGGCGGCAGCGGGCAAGGCGAAUUUGUUGAAAGGGAAACUACGCCUCGUCUACCAACGUCUCCAGCGUCGGUGAAGCGCUCUCAUACGAUAGCUCACUCUCCGCAUGCACGUCGCCCGCCACCGGAUCCUCCGCGCCGGAGCGAGAAGCCUUUGCCAGACCCUCCUGCAGACCGUCCUUCCAUGAACUUACGUCACUCUCGCUCUAUGGAAGUGGGCAAAGCACAACCUUCUCCACCACGUUCAUCGCCCAAGUCCGCACCCCCGCGACAAGGAUCGCCUCCCAAGCCCAAGUCGUUGCAGAAGAAGAAAUCUGCUGCGAUCAAACCGCCUGAGCUACAUCACAUUCCACAGUUACUCCCCAUUUUUGUUGAAAUGAUGAAACCGCAAUUGCGGACAUAG